UUGACCUUUAAACGAAAUGAAGUUCAGUGGGCGCCCAUCAUCCUCUGGCAAAACCGGAGAACUCUGCACAGGUGUGGAAAACCAGCAAAAAUAUAUACACGAUGGUGACGAUGCUUGAGUUCCAUCAUUCGGGGCCUUCUUUUUGUUCUUCACUGUCGUGAUGAGAGUGUUUUUUCUGAUUCUGUAUUUUUUGGUCUUUUGCUAUCCUAAUGUCUCCCAUUCUCUUGAUCUUUCAGGAUUGUAUCGCUCGUUUCUGAGCACCCAAGAAGACUCUGAUCGUUCGUAUGGCUUUGAUCCCACUAGAGUCUCCCAGGUCUCUUGGCGGCCAAGGGCCUUCUAUUACAAAGGAUUUCUGUCUGAUGAGGAGUGUGACCAUCUUAUCUAUUUGGCAAAAGGGAGACUUCACCAUUCCAUGGUGGCGGACCAAAAAUCAGGAGAAAGCUAUAAGAGUUAUGUCAGAACGAGCUCCGGGUUCUUCCUACAAAAGGGGCAGGAUGCUACUGUCAGGAGAAUAGAGAAUAGAAUCGCUACUUGGACUUUCCUACCAAAAGAAAAUGGUGAAUCCAUUCAUGUGCUACACUAUGCUGUUGGCGAAAAGUAUGACGCCCACUUUGAUUAUUUCAAAGACGAAAAGAAUCUUGCACGGGGCGGACACCGGAUGGCAACAGUCCUGAUGUAUUUAUCUGAUGUUGUUAAAGGGGGUGAAACAUUUUUUCCCAAUGCUGAGGGCAUAGAUCAACAUAAAGAUGACUCUUGGUCUGACUGUUCAAAAGGCAGUUUCGCAGUGAAACCAAAGAAAGGGGAUGCAGUACUCUUUUUUAGCCUUCACCCAGAUGCAACAACUGACACAGCUAGUCUUCAUGGAAGUUGCCCUGUGAUUGAAGGAGAAAAAUGGGCUGCAACCUGCUGGAUUCAUGUAAGAAACUUCAACUCUGUGAAAGAUACAAAGGAAGAGUCAAUUGAAGGAGAAGAAGAUCUUAUCUUGGUAGAGGAAUCCAGCACUGGAGAAGGAACAUGGGGAAAGAGGAAAUGUAAUAGGAGUCACUCUUGUAUGGGAAAGACUGCAAAGCGCAAGUGCCCGAAGAACCAAUCCUAUAUGGUUGAGUUUUGUGGUGAUAGAUGUAAAAUGUGCAAGGCACAUUGAUUUUGUUAGGAUGACACGUCUAGAAGAAGAGUUCUUCUUGUAGCAUAUGGUGAGAAAUUGUGCUUUCUUUUGCAUGAAUUGUACUUUUUUUCAUGUGAGAUUGUUUUUUUAUUGGAUGAAUGUAGACUGCUAGAUAUUUGGGCUUAGUAGAACAGGCUUUGGCUCUCUUGUUGAUGAUCA